AUGAAAUCGGCCAGAUUCUACUUUGGGGACAUCAGCAACGAGACCUCCAACUGGAUCCUGAUCACGGAGGCGGUGAGCUUCCACGAUCCAUCGCCCUUGGACUUUGCCGGCAAGACCAGGGAUGAGCCAAAGAAGCCGCUGGCGGCCUAUCAGAUUGAGGGGCCCUAUGACAAGUGCAUGGACUGGUGCCUGCUCUCGGACCCGGCCGACUACUAUAUGGCCCUGGUGCGGCAGGGCGCGCGCAUGGCCGGGCUCUUCAAGUCCGGCGCCAUGGGCGACCCCGACGUGGUCGCCAAGCACUUCGAGAACAUGCUGGGCGCGCCUGCGGAGGCCUUCGGCAUGCAGCCGGGCUGCUCGGGGCAGCCGCCCAAGAUGUUGAAGUCGAAGAUCGACAUGGGCCUGGAGUUCUUUUCGAACGUGGCGCCUCAGCUUUACCCCGACUUCGUGAAGGAUCCAGCCUGGCAGGCAAAGUUCACUGCGACCUUAAUGAAGCUCAAUGCCUAUGCAGGGGAGUCCCAGUACUGGUUUCAUUCUGACAAUGACUACAUCUCCCUUGCCCACGCAAACAUGAACGUGGACAAUGCCUACUUCUGGCGCAACGAGGAGGGCCAGCUGGAGCUGGGGGUCUUCGACUGGGGCGGCAUGGGCUGCCGCUCCCUCGGCUUCAAGCUCUGGUGGUGGUUGUACUGCGGCGAGUUUGAAAUGCUGAACGCCAACUUCGAGAAGUUUCUGGACGUCUACGUGGACAGCUACGCCGGAGCCGGUGGCCCCAAGCUGGACAAGGAGGUGCUUCGCAUGCAGUUCGUCUUGGCCUCCUUGACGCAAAUGCCGCUCGCGCAAGUUGGCAUCCGGAUACACGUUUGA